AUGAAUUCUCGUUGUAUAGCUUUUCGACUGUUAAGUUUAUAUAAACAAGAAUUACCAAUAUGCAAAAAUAAGUCACAAUUUUUGUCUCGUUAUUUAACAACCAAUAGUCAAACACAAUUGAACACACCAACACAUCGUUUCGCGAUUAAACGAUAUGUUUUACUUCUUGGUGUUCCACUGUCAAGUGCUUUAUUCUAUCGUUUAUCAACAAAAUAUGAAACACGACGAAAGCAUAGGAUUAUUGUAGAAAGUAUUGGAAGAGCCGCUCGAGCAGUUCUAGUGGGUAUACAAUCCGUUUUGGAUCAACAAAUUAGUACAUUAUUUAAACGUGAAGGUAGCGAUGAAUAUAUUGCAGCACUACACGAAUGUCGACGUCGAAAUGCUAAACGUUUUGUUAAUCUUUGCAUUGAUGCUGGUGGUGUCUAUGUCAAAAUUGGUCAAGCAUUUAUAAAUCUACCGGAAGUAGUACCAUUAGAAUAUUAUGAAGAAUUACAAAUUCUUGAAGAACAUGCUCUUCGUCGAGAAAAGGGAGAAAUUGAUACGUUAUUUAAACGGUAUUUUCAUGGUCCACCAGAAGUUGUUUUUGAAAAUUUUAAUCGCAAUCCUAUAGCAGCAGCUUCAUUAGCUGAAGUCUAUGAAGCUCAGAUAAAAUCUGGAGAAAAAGUGGCUGUCAAAGUGCAAUAUUUUGAUUUACGUGAACGUUAUGAAACUGACAUUACCACGGUAGAUAAAUUUUUUUUAAACUAG